CGCAACACCAUGGGAGUCUGGCUCCUGCAGUGGUAUAUUAGCAGCUCUGAAGGCUCCACCUGAUAGCCCGCAACUAGAGGACUGGUAGUUCAUUAAGGCCCAAAAGCAUGGCCACUAUGGCGACCUCAGACGCUGUGUCGUCUCUCGUCGACGCCUCUGUUGCAGUUAUCUCCGGCACAGCGAAAGCUCUACCGCCCUCCGUCACAGCCAUGAAGGCUGUCGAAACUACGCCUUCGUCCUCAUUUGGCUUAAUAGGACGUGUGGUUCUCUCUAUUCUUGGAGUAUUGCCCACCAUUUUGUACUGGUUGACCUACUCCUUGCCGGCAUGGCUUUUCACGCUCUUUUCCAUGAGCCUCACGUUUACGAUGAACUUCACCACACUUAUGCUAGUCGCUUUACUCAUUCUCUCUACGAUCAGUUACUUCGUGAGGUACCGCUACAUGACCAUGUAUGCGCGUUUACCGCCCGAACCGCAACGUGAGGAACCACAAGUCGAAGUCUUUCCGGACAGUGCAGAGGGCGACUCUAAGAGAGGCCUUUCUAAUUAUCUGGAUGAGUUCCUAAGCGCUAUCAAGGUGUUUGGCUAUCUGGAACGUCCAGUCUUCCACGAGCUCACGCGCACUAUGCAAACUCGACGGCUCGCGGCUGGCGAAACCAUCCUCCUCGAGGAAGAGAAGGGAUUUUGCUUGGUCGUAGACGGCUUGAUCCAGAUCUUCGUCAAGUCGAACCGGGAGGGGUCUGAUUCUGACGAGGAUGAAGGUGGGGCUGGUACAUCAGCUGGCGACUCUGCGCAACAAGGCCAUCGUCAAGGCUACCAGCUUCUCACUGAAGUCAAGAACGGGGCACCUAUGUCUUCCUUGUUUUCGAUUCUUUCCCUGUUCACCGAGGACGUCAAACUUCGUUAUGACGAAGAUGAGGAUCCAGAGUCCAGCGUGCCUGGAACACCUCACGGAGAGCAACAUAGGCACUCGGUGACUCGGAACAGCAGCUUUGGAUUAGAUGAUUCUCAGCCACAUACUCCCAGUGACGUCCCUGAGAUCAAAUCACGGCAUCGAAGGACAUCAACUCUCAACAGUCCUACGGCGGGAGGACGGCUUUCAAGCGUGCCGCCCCUCUCGUUAGACGUGGAUGGAUUUGGUGAACCCCUGAAGCAUACGAGACCACGAAGAUCACCCUCCCGGUCUUCGAAGCCUAAAUCUGCGCAUCCAGACAUCGUCGCACGCGCAACUGUGGAUACUACCAUUGCAAUUAUUCCUGCCACCGCAUUCCGCCGCUUGACACGCAUCUAUCCCAAAGCCACAGCGCAUAUUGUCCAAGUUAUUCUCACACGCUUAAACAGGGUCACGCUUGCAACCAGCCAUGCUUAUCUUAGCCUCACAAACGAAGUUCUCCGUACAGAAAAACUCAUGAACAAGUACACUACCUAUGAUCUUCCUGGAUUCCUUCGUGACGCGCCCUUGCAGCGGCUGAAAGAGAAAUUUACGACUGAAACAGAACGCAUUGGAUCAGAUGAGGGAAUGAAGGGAAUUGCGCUGCACAAUCCUGGAGCUGGCCGUCGGCGAAGACAUAGUGCAUCGUUACGGAGGGGCACAGCUGCGCAAGCUCGACUUGCUGCUGCGCGUGGCGCAUCCACUGAUGCAAGCAGCGAAACAAUAAACAAAAUGACAUCGCUGGAAGCUGUACCUCGUAACGAUCGAAUUAGUGCUGGAGACCUAUUGACCAACAGUCAAGUAGUGCGGGGAAGCGGUCGGUCAAGUCGCAGUAGCUUUUCCCAGCUAUACCAACAGGACCAUCGUCGAGAUGCGCGUACUCCGCUUGACGCUGGCACUUUCAACCCCUUCGCCUCGCCAUCAUUGCGGCCGAAUACCUUGCACCGACAGGAAUCUAUAGACGAGGCUACGGUGUUUAGGGAAUCCAUACUCGGUUGUAUGUUUAAGGCUAUUGGACUAACCAACCCGGAGAACCCGGUACCCAAACUAGCAGCAUCGGUCGAGCAAUCUCCCAGGCUGGUUUCAUUCGAUACCAAACGACAAAAAGCUAUCUUCACCAACGCAUUCGGCUUUAUCGACCCCUAUGAGGCGUCACGAGAUGGAGACACUGAAUCUAUGGCGUCUGCAUCAGGCAUGUCUACCAUUAGCGCCGUUGGAUCUCAAAACAUUGCAGAAGAAAUAGUCAAUGAUGUAGAGAUUGUGUUCUUCCCCAAGGACGCCAUUCUUGUCGAGCAAGGCGAGAGAAACCCUGGCCUAUACUACGUGAUCGACGGAUUCCUUGACGUUAGCGUGCUCAUCGAGGAAAACGCUGAUAUGGAUGUGCUUGGUCAACAGGCUAAUGGCUCUGCGUAUACCGAUGAAGACCUUUUUGGCCCACCACUUAGACGAUCAGCUACGACCACUUCGUUGCGCCAUACAACCGAUGGCGGCAAGAAGAAGCGAUCACGGAGAAGUCUCUUCAUGACAAAACCUGGUGGCCUCGCAGGCUAUCUUGGAACCGUGUCCUCGAAUCGGUCAUUCGUUGAUGUCAUCGCUAAGACUGACGUUUAUGUGGGGUUUUUGCCUCGAGCCUCAAUCGAGAGGAUUGUUGAACGCUACCCGGUUGUUCUGCUCACGAUGGCGAAACGCCUCACGACCCUCCUGCCACGCUUGAUUCAGCACAUCGAUUUCGCCUUGGAAUGGGUCCAAGUCAACGCCGGACAAGUCAUCUACAAUCAGGGCGACGAAAGUGACGCAAUCUACAUUGUACUGAACGGACGACUGCGAGCUAUCCGAGAUGCCGAGAAUAGCGCUAUGAAAGUGAUUGGCGAAUAUGGGCAGGGUGACAGCGUUGGAGAACUCGAGGUGCUUACUGAAACAGCCCGCCCGGGGUCAUUGCAUGCCAUUCGUGAUACAGAACUUGCAAAGUUCCCCAAAACUCUCUUCAACAGCCUUGCCCUUGAGCACCCUGGUAUCACUAUCAAGAUUUCCAAGAUUAUUGCCUCCCGCAUGCGAGCUCUGGUUGAUGACCCGCUACAUGAGCAAAGCAAAGAGCAUAGCACGAAAGUUACGCGCACUAACGUGUCGUCUACGGUCAAUCUUCGCACAGUCACAAUCUUGCCCGUGACUGCUGGCAUACCAGUUGUUGAUUUCGCCGGCCGAUUGGUGAAUGCACUCACGCAGAUUGGCAUGCCACAAGGCGUGGUUUCACUAAAUCAAGCUGCCAUCCUCAACCAUCUUGGACGACAUGCAUUCAGUCGAAUGGGAAAACUUAAGCUAUCGCAAUAUCUGGCUGAUCUAGAAGAAAGGUAUGGCAUGGUCAUCUACGUGGCAGACACACCAGUCAAAUCACCCUGGACCCAGACGUGCAUCAAUCAAGCAGAUUGCAUCCUCCUGGUUGGACUUGCUGAGUCUUCUCCAAACAUUGGCGAGUACGAGCGAUUCCUUUUGACCACCAAGACGACUGCGCGAAAGGAACUAGUCGUUCUGCAUGCAGAGAGAUAUUGCCCCUCAGGCUUGACACGAAAGUGGUUGAGGAACCGCCCAUGGAUCAACGGGAGCCAUCAUCACAUUCAGAUGUCCUUUCGCGCCACAUCAGAGCCGGUCCACCACGCAGGACGUCGUUUCGGCAAUGCCCUUAAGCAGCGAGUGCAAGUCAUUCAAGCAGAGAUCCAGAAGUACACAUCAAGGAAGGUUAGACAGACACCACUAUACUCGGCAGACACGCCCUUCAAAGGCGACUUUCAUCGACUUGCGAGGCGGCUGUGCGGUAAAUCCGUCGGUCUUGUACUCGGUGGAGGUGGUGCUCGAGGUAUUUCUCAAAUCGGCAUCAUCCGCGCGCUUGAAGAGGCUGGUAUUCCAAUUGACAUUGUUGGUGGGACAUCGAUUGGUAGCUUCAUCGGCGCUCUAUAUGCGUGGGAUGCAGACGUCGUCCCCAUGUACGGCAGAGCCAAGAAAUUCGCAGGACGCAUGGGGAGCAUGUGGCGUUUCGCCCUUGACCUCACGUACCCCUCUGCAUCCUACACCACCGGCCACGAAUUCAAUCGUGGCAUCUUCAAGACGUUUGGGAACUCCCAAAUCGAAGACUUCUGGCUAGAAUUCUACUGCAACACUACUAAUAUUAGUAAAUCGCGCUCUGAAAUUCACACGUCUGGCUACGUAUGGCGAUAUGUUCGCGCUUCCAUGUCGCUUGCUGGCCUCUUGCCGCCGCUGUGCGAUAAUGGCAGUAUGCUUCUCGAUGGAGGAUACAUGGACAAUCUCACUGUGGCGCAUAUGAAGAGCCUCGGGGCAGACGUCAUCUUCGCAGUUGACGUGGGUAGCCUUGAUCAAGACACACCGCAGGCUUUUGGCGACAGUCUGUCUGGCUUUUGGGCAACGUGGAAUCGCUGGAAUCCCUUUUCUGGGUAUCCCAAUCCACCGACAUUGGGUGAGAUUCAGUCGCGGCUCGCCUACGUUUCAAGCAUCGACGCGCUUGAGCGAGCGAAGAACACGCCCGGGUGCAGGUACAUGCGGCCUCCAAUUGACCCAUAUGGAACUCUGGAUUUCUCAAAGUUUGAGGAGAUUUACGAGGUGGGGUACAAGUAUGGGAAGGAGUACUUGAAUGAGUUGAAGGAGCAGGGUGUGCUGCCCGUGACAGAGGAGACGGAGAAGGAGAAGAAUCUCCGACGGACAAUGGCUCCGAGACGGGCAAGCAUUUGAGCGAUUCGCGAUGCGCUUAACAAGUGUGGAGUAAACUUUAGCGGCACUAGGUACGGCAGAGAACAUGGUUCCCAUAGCUUGAAAGUUGUAGAUAUUGGAGCAGGGCUGGGGACCGACAAAUACAUCUCGAAUGGCUGCUUUUGAAGUCGCAAAGCGUAUCAAAGAGGAUCGAUCAAGCUAGGAUUUGAGCGUGUUAAAAUAGAGGCCAUAUGCGAGUGGACGCUCACCAAGUUCUGUCCAUAGUCCAUAGUAGAUAUCAAGUAAUGAAAUGCACACGUUGGACGCGU